CCAUUAUGACUAAAACAAUUAAGUGUGUGAGUGUUUUAGCUUAGAUUAAUUUAGUCUAAAGCUUUUAACGUAGCAAAAUAUAUAGUACGAUUAUUUAUUAGAUUAAGAUUUUGUGUUCAGUGAAGUUCGACGCUCGCUUGUGUUUUGGAAUAUGAUCGUUAUUUAAAAAGACCGUGGAAGAUGGAGACAAGAGCUGACGAUGACGAGGCACCGACUGAUCCGGCUGCUAGGAAGCAAAUGCACCAUGACUACACUGAACAAGACUUUGCAGGUCACCGAGCCACGGUAUUCGGGUACCGUAAUGUGGCCGAGGGCGCUCCAAGAAGGGCUUUCCAUCGGACUAAGCACCAUCAUCGUAAACCAGAGAAGGAUAGCGAUCGUCCAGGGCCCCCUGUAAUGGCGCGAAUUAGAAGACUGAGCGUAACGGAUGACGGUGAAACAUUAACUCCACCAGCCCAAAGAGUGCAGUUUAUACUUGGUGAGGAUGUCGAUGAUGGUGCUCUGGAAUCUCAUCCACUUUUUUCUGAAAUGGAGGAACUGGUCAAAGAUGGUGAUGAGCUGGAAUGGAAAGAAACAGCACGUUGGAUCAAAUUCGAAGAAGAUGUGGAAGAAGGGGGAAAUAGGUGGUCAAAACCACAUGUUGCAACGCUGUCUCUUCACUCACUUUUUGAGUUGAGAAGUCUAAUUCUAAAUGGAUCCGUUAUUCUUGAUAUGGAGGCUGGAUCUUUGGAGCAAGUCGCGGAAAAUGUAUUAGACAAUAUGGUAGCCGAUGGCUGCCUUGGAUACGACUGCAGAGAGAAAGUAAAAGAAGCUUUGCUGAGGAGGCACCGACAUCAGCAUGAAAGGAGAAACCAUAAUAACAUGUCAAAACUGCCCCUAAUUCGAUCCUUAGCUGAUAUUGGCAAGAACCAUUCAUCGUGUAAAAAUUUCCAGGACGGUGGCUCGAGGAGUUGUCGAGGGUCCUCGUCAUCUCCCAACACUGCUCUGCUCCAGGCUUCUGAUGCCAGAGGCUCUUACCUAGCUGUUCCAGUGGAUGACGGCGGUACGACAAGUGGACAUUCCCACAAAGGAGAGUUCAGUCGUUUACUAGGCAUCCCUAACGCGGGUGGCGGUGAGGAAGGCAUGGUUAAAAGUCCCAGCAGCAUAUCAAUGCAAAGAAAUCACAGCACAGGUGACUUGCCAAAUGGAGAUGUGAAUCACAAGUCCAAUACAAACUUCAUGAGAAAAAUACCACCAGGUGCCGAAGCCUCUAACAUUCUUGUCGGUGAAGUUGAUUUCCUCGAGAAAACGUUAUCAGCAUUCGUAAGGUUAAAAACCGCAAUAAUAAUGGGGGAUUUAACUGAAGUCCCCGUACCAACACGAUUUAUGUUCGUGUUGCUCGGACCACCAAACAGUAAUUCUAGUUUUCACGAAAUCGGCAGAGCAAUGGCAACAUUAAUGUCCGAUGAAAUAUUUCACGAAGUUGCAUACCGCGCUAAAAAGAGAGAUCAUUUACUAGCAGGCAUUGAUGAAUUUUUGGAUGCUGUUACUGUAUUGCCUCCAGGAGAGUGGGAUCCAGCAAUUCGUAUAGAACCGCCAGCUGCUAUUCCAUCUCAAGAUCCUCGUAAACGACCCAAUGAUAAUAAUCCUAAGGAGGAACCAGAUGAGGAAGAACAAGAGCAAAAACAAAGAGAAGAGUCGGGACUAUCCAGAACUGGAGUUCUAUUUGGAGGUUUAAUGAAUGAUCUUAAGAGAAAGAUACCCUGGUAUUGGUCUGACUUCAAGGACGCAUUAGCUAUACAAUGCGUCGCUUCAUGGAUUUUCCUUUACUUUGCGUGUUUAUCACCUAUAAUAACUUUUGGUGGACUCUUAGGAGAAGCCACUGGGAAAAAUAUGGCAGCAAUGGAAUCAUUAAUAUCCGGAUUUGUAUGUGGAAUGGGAUAUGGAUUCUUUUCAGGGCAACCAUUAACGAUAUUGGGAUCGACAGGUCCAGUGUUGGUAUUUGAGACUAUAGUAUUUGAAUUCUGCAAACAAAUAGGUUGGGAUUAUAUGGCCUUUAGAUUCUGUAUUGGGACUUGGAUCACAAUUAUUUUGAUUAUAUUAGUAGCAAUCGAUGCAAGCGCUUUGGUUUGCUACAUUACUAGAUUCACUGAGGAGAAUUUUGCUACUUUGAUAGCGUUCAUAUUCAUUUACAAGGCUGUAGAAAAUGUAAUUUCAAUUGGAAAGAACUACCCUCUAAAGACACGCCCCGACGAGGUUCUCAAUUACGAGUGCUACUGUUUGCCAAGCAAUUACUCGAGAGUGCCCGAGCAAUUUAACUGGACAGCUGUUGACAAAGAGUCAUGUCAGAUAUAUAAUGGAACUUUAGCAGGUGGAGGAUGUGAUACAAAAGUUUAUGUGCCCGAUGUAUUUUUGAUGUCCAUUAUAUUGUUCUUGGGUACUUUUAUUAUAUCUGUAAUUUUGAAGGACUUUAAGAACUCUCUUUUCUUCCCAUCUAAGGUCCGCCAAAUAAUAAGCGACUUCUCUGUAAUCAUAGCAAUUUUGUUAAUGUCGUUUCUGGAUUUUAAAGUUGGAGUCAAAACUCCUAAACUCGAAGUACCCGCGGAAUUCAAGCCAACUUUACCAUCUAGGAACUGGAUUAUAACACCAUUCAAAGGAAACCCUAUUUGGUCGGCUCUUGCAGCAAUAUUGCCAGCUUUAUUGGGAACUAUUCUAAUAUUCAUGGAUCAGCAAAUCACCGCCGUUAUUGUGAAUCGAAAAGAAAAUAAGCUGAAAAAAGGAUGUGGAUAUCACUUAGACUUGUUUGUGCUAGCGAUUUUGAUACAGAUUUGCUCAAUAAUGGGAUUGCCUUGGUUCGUAGCAGCGACAGUGUUAAGCAUCAAUCACGUAAAUUCUUUGAAAGUGGAGUCAGAAUGCGCAGCUCCUGGAGAAAAACCGCAAUUCCUGGGAGUCAGAGAGCAAAGAGUGACCCAUAUUUUAAUCUUCUUAACUAUAGGGUGCUCUGUCGUAUUAACGCCUGUUUUAAAAAGAAUACCAAUGCCUGUGCUAUUUGGUGUCUUUCUCUAUAUGGGCGUAGCUUCAUUAAAAGGACUUCAGUUCUUUGACAGAAUCUUAAUCAUGUUUAUGCCUCAGAAGUACCAACCAGACCACAUGUUCCUAAGACAGGUACCAAUACGUCGAGUACAUCUCUUUACGACGAUUCAACUGACAUGUCUAGUGUGCCUAUGGGUGAUAAAGUCUUUCUCUCUAACUUCAAUCCUAUUCCCUUUGAUGUUGGUCGUUAUGAUUGGCAUUAGGAAGUCAUUGGACCUGUUUUUCACAAGACGAGAGCUGAAGAUUCUAGAUGACGUUAUGCCAGAAAUGACAAAGAGGAACCAGGACGAAUUGCAUGAACUAGGAAAUGCAGAGGUGGGAUGGCAUGCAAAGAUGUUUCGCCUGUGCCGUCGGAAUUGAUCUCAUUUCAACAGA